AUGUCCGCCGCCGAAUCCCCAUUGAGGUCCUCCUCACGAUGCCUUCCCUCGCAUACCAACAGUCCGUGCUGGGAUCAACGUAGUCGACGACACCAUCGAAAACACCAAUACUCGGCACAGCUCACCCGUGUCAAUCUCAAGCAUCCUUGCCGUCUGCAAGUAUCCACGAAAAUGCGUCAGGACGAAUCGCUCAUUGGACGCGGGUCACCACAAUACGCAUUCGAAUCAAGAGCAUGGACGUUGAGCUCAUCACACAUUUUGGCGCUCAAGUUGUCGCCUGAGGUUAUACCCAAGAUGCAGAUGAGGACGAGUGACACAAUGCAGAGCGACUGUCAUCCACUCCCGACAAGGCGAUACAUCAAGGGAGGCGAAGCGCUCAGGCUUCAGCUCGUGCUUGCUGCUCUGGCCUACGACUCACGUAGUCCUGAAGCAAGUCUGGACUUCAUUGAGUCAGCCCUGAAAAUACACUGCAAGGAUAACGCGAUGGGUGAUCACCUUGGCGUUCGAAUACUCGACAGUGGACUUGGCUCGAUCAAAUGUCUUGAGUCAGCCCUGGCAAGACCAUCUCUUGCCAGUAAUUACUUAACCCUCUGCGCUAUGCAGCUGUUCACGGAUCUUUGGAAGAUGAAGAUCAAGUCAGUAUCCGAGACGAUAUGGAACACAACAACAGGAUCAAGUCAAGUUCUUCUGAUUCUGGUUGCGGCUUUGAUGGAACAGCGUCAUCUUCUGUCUACUUCCAGGAAAGAGACUGAUCUGGAGACCGCGCUCAUAAUUUCCGAAUGCUCUGCCUGGCUCCGCAGCCAUAUUCAACUGAAAAUACGUCAAUGCAGCUUCACUCACAUCAUUACGACGCUUUACCAAACCUCUACGAUUGGGACGUUCCAGGAAGUCGUGAAGCGAACGCGUAGAGCUAGCGAUGUUCCCUGGCCCGAGGGCCAAUUCUGCGGCCUCAUUCAUCCGGCACCAUAUUUGCACCAAUGGUUGAUCCACACAAAGAGCCCUCCAUGGCCAGACCUGUUCUUUGUCGAGAUAUGCUUCGACAAUAGACCGUACACGAUACUUGUAAGUAGACUAGAUCCAGCUUCUUUCCAGCUUCUCGUUAUUUCUCUACUUGCAUUUCGGCUACAGACACUCUUUUUUAUAUAUACACCACACUCGUUACAUAUACCUAUCAUGUAUACCACAGGGCUGGCCCUUUCCGUUCUGACCCUGCUGACUUCAGCAGUAACUGCAGCUCCACAAGAUGCCACCGUCACACACGGUACACUCGAAGCAAGAGGCCCCAACAACUUCAAGAUCCACGUCUGGAACAACUGCCCCUUCCAAAAACAAGUCGCCCUGUAUCAGAUCACCGGAGACUUCAAAAUGAAGCAAAUGUCCAAGCCCACUAACAUUGCCUCCAAGAAAUCACUGACGAUCCCAGCUCCAUUCAAAGCUCUCGGUAUGCGCUUAAGCGGUCACGCCGAAUGGGGCACCGCUGCGCAAUGGAAGCAUCAAGCUCUGUUCGAAUUCGGGUACUCCGAGUACAAGGGCAGAAGGGGCACGGCGUACAACCUCUCCGUGAUGCAAGGCAGCGAUAAGGAUGUUGGUAUUGGCGCAUAUCCCGUCCCGAAUGGCAGAGGCUCAAAGCAAUGUCCGAGCAAGACGUGCUUCCCUUGGAAUUGUCCUCUUAAUCAGGGCUGGACCAAUCCUGAUCAGGUCAAGAAUGGUAGUCCUGCGGACACCGUUUGUUAUCAUGGCAAGACUGAUUUCAAGGUCGUAUUCUGCCCCUGA